AUGGCGGAGGUCAUGACUAAUACCUUGGUUGGUAAAAUAGUGGACUUGUUGUUUAGUGCGGCUAAACGGCAGAUCGAUUAUGUCCGAAAUUACACUGAAAAUAUUGAGAAAUUGAGAAAUGAAGCUCAAAAGCUGAAGGAUAUGAAGGGGAGGAUUCAACAAAAAGUUCAUGCGGCUGAUGAUAAAGGAGAUCGUCUCUUAGAUGGUGUCCAAAACUGGAUUGACAAGGCGGGCACUGAAAUAUCCAUGGUGCAGGAUUUUCUUGAACAAGAAGUUAAUGUGAAGAAGACGUGGUUUAACUCACGAUUUUGUGUCAAUUUGGGUACCCUCUAUCGUUACAGUAAGAUGGCAACAGACAAAACUCAUUUUCUUGUACAGCACCAGGAAGAUGGCAAACCUUAUGAAAGUUGUGUCUCAAUUCCUACUCCAAGCCCAAGUUUUGUAGACCUCUACCAAAGGAAGAAUCUUGAUGAUAUAGACACCCAAAAAUUGACUUUGGAGAAAGUCAUUACAACUAUCUCAGAUGAGAGCAUACAAAUAGUUGGAAUCUACGGCUUAGGAGGUGUAGGAAAAACUACAUUAGCCAAGGAAGUUGCUGUGAAGUUGAAGAAUCAAUUUGCAGAUAUUGUGUUUAUUACAGUCUCACAAACUGUAGAUGCUAAAAUGGUUAAAGAAAAGGUCAAAGAUGCAGCAAAGAAAGUAAUGAUCGGAAAGAAGAUUCUAAUCAUUUUAGAUGACAUAUGGGAAAUACUAGUGUUGCCUGAUAUGGGCAUUCCAUGUGGUAAUGAUCAUAUGAAUUGUAAGAUUUUGUUGACAUCUCGAAGCAAGAAUGUAUGUGAAGCCAUGACCGAAGAGAAUAAUAUUAUUUGUGUAAACCCUUUGACAAAGGAAGAAGCGUGGGUCCUGUUCAAACGUGUGGUUUAUGAAAGAACAUUAGAGGCCAGUGUCGAACUGGAAAAAAUUGCUAGAGAUGUCACCAAAAAAUGUAAUGGAUUGCCGUCGAUCAUUCACGCGGUGGGAACCACUUUGAAAAACAAAAGCAUUGAUAUAUGGAAGGCGAAACUUGAUCGACUACAAAAUCAUGCCCUAGUAGAUCUCGAUCAAGAGAUAGAGAAAGCAUUUACUCGUUUGAAAUUGAGUUACGACUAUCUUAGAAGCGAAGAAGCUAAGUCAUGCUUCUUAUUAUGCAGUUUGUUUAAAGAAGACGAAAUCAUUCCGUUGAAGAUAUUGGCAGAAUACGGGGUGAGUCUAGGGAUAUUUAAUAAUCUCGAAAGCAUUAAUGAUGCAAAAAACAGAGUUCAAAUUGCGGUUGACACCCUCGCAUCAUCUUUGUUGUUAGUGCCUGACCGAUGGCGAAAUAGAGUAAGAAUACACGAUGUUGUUCGUGAUUUGGCACUGCUAAUAGGUAAAGACAAAUUUAUGGUGAAGGUUGGAAAAGAUUUGAAAAGAUGGCAACCAAGAAACAACACCUCACAGAACUACACCAAGAUUUCUCUCAUGGAGUGUCGAGUUCUUAAUGACCUUAUACUUCAUUUCCCAUCCCUUGAUACCUUACUUCUACAAAGAACCUGGAUAGCCACUGUUCCCGAUGAAUUCUUUGAAGGUGUGAGAGAACUUAAAGUUUUAGAUAUGACAUACUGUACCAUGUCAUCCCUCCCACAAUCACUAAAGUUGCUCACAAAACUCCGCAUGCUCAACCUAAGUGGAAACACGUAUUUCCAUGAAAUUUCUAUACUGGGGGACCUAAAAAACCUUGAGAUUUUGAAGCUAAGAAAUACGAUUAUUGAAAGGAUUCCUGAAGAAAUCGGCCAAUUAACAAAUUUAAGGUUGUUGGAUGUUUAUGGUUGUAAGUGUCUAUCCCAUGUAACACCUGGUGUCAUCUCAAAGUUCGUUUUGUUGGAAAAGCUGCACAUUGGAUUCUUCUUGAACCAGGAGGAGAAUUACAAUUGUCUAGUGGAAAUAAGUAACUUGAAGUCGUUAAAAACUCUACAGUUAUAUGUGUUUCAUUGUGAUCUUAUUCCUGAAGGUGCCAACUUUAAAAUUUUAACAAAGUUUUCUAUUCAGAUUGGUAAAUUUAUUAAUAUUUGGGUAGGUCAUAGAUCUCACCGGCUACAGAUUGCAGAAUCUAACAUCCCAUUCAAGAUGCUAAUCAAAGAACUGAUUCAGGUUAGUGACACUUUAGUAUUGUGGUUGAUAAAAGAUCUGGAUAACAUCGUACCAGACUUGUAUAAAGAGAGUUUUGAUGAAUUGAAGUGUAUUAAAUUAAGAGACUGUCAAAACGUUUCAUGCUUGGUGAAGACAAGGAAUCAUAAAGCAAUACAAACCUUUUUUACAUCCAAUGACAUUGGUCAAAUUAGACAAACAAAGAAAAAGUUUUUUUCCCAAGUGGAAGAAAUCUAUUUGGUAGAUCUGCCUUGCUUGAAGCUUCUAUGGGAUUGCCCACAUCAAUAUAUAAGUUUCAGUAAUCUACAAACGAUUGAAAUUAAUGGAUGCUCCUCCUUGUUAAUGUUAUUCCCCAUGAGCAUAGUACAAGAGCUUGCCAAGCUAAGAGAUAUAUUGAUAUUGAGAUGUGACAGUUUGGCCGAUGUGAUUACUGAAACUCAAAUGGGCAUACCGGAUCCGGAUGCAAAUAUUGUGUUCCCUUUGCUUACCAAUAUUAGCUUAGGCUAUUUACCUAAACUCAAGUCUUUCUACUCUGGGCAUUCUAGUAUUAAAUAUCCUUCAUUGAAGUCUAUUAUGGUGAAAGAUUGUCGUAGCAUGGAGAGAUGGGGUUAUGGAGUACAUGAUAUACCCAAGAUCAACUUCCAUCAUCAAGGGACCCCAUGCAACAUUAAUGAUAUUAUCACAUUACACCAUAAGACGAAUAAGGAUAUGGAGUUUGAAACACCGCCAUGA